AUGCGAAUAGACAGAUGGACUUUCGUCAUCCUCUGUAACAUGCUUAGGACGACCGAUCAUCUGGCAUCCACUCAAUGCGUUGACGUCCAAGAGAUGGUGGCAAUUUUUCUCCACAUUUUGUCGCAUGACGUUAAGAAUCGAGUAGUUGAAAGACAGUUCGCACAGUAUGAUGAAACUAUUUCGAGGGAUUUUAGGUCUGUUCUGACCGCAGUAUUACAACUUCAAAAGUUACUGCUGAAAAAAUCAGAGCCUAUCAUGAGCGACUGCACUGACAAUAGGUGGAAAUGGUUUGAGAACUGUCUGGGUGCAUUGGAUGACAUAUACAUCAAGGUCAAGGUAAAUGUAGCUGAUCAUCCCCGCUAUCGUACCCGAAAAGGGUGGGAAGGGUCUGCAGUCGAUUCCAGAGUGCUUAGGGAUGCAAUUUCUCGACCACACGGGUUGAAGUUUCCUAAGGGUUAUUAUUACCUAUGUGAUACUGGAUAUCCCAAUAUCGAGGGAUUCUUGGCACCACAUAGGGGAGAGCAGUACCAUCUUUCAGAAUGGUGUGCGAGGGAGAUAAGCCAAACUACAACGUCCAGAACAACGGAUGAUGAAGAUUCAACAUCUAACGAGCUUGGCGAUGAAAAUAUACAAUUUAUUGAAACAUCCGACGAAUGGACCAGUUUUAGGGAUGAAUUAGCGACGCGAAUGUUUGAUGAAUGGGAACAAGCAUCAUGA